GCACCAGAACCCUGGCUGCUGAGAUGCAGUCAGGGUGAUGGACGAGGUUGCAUGCUCCUCAAGGGACCCUUGCAGUUCCUCCCCUAGAGCUAUUCCUGGCUUCGGAGGCGCCUCCCUGCCCCCCCAGUCCCCCUGCCUGACCUGACCGCACAGCUGGGAAUCAUUUGCUUGGGAGGGUGGGGCAGUCCCCUGCCUAUAUAAGCCUGGACCUAGGUGUCCCGGCGCCCUGGCAGCACAGACCCUCCGCGGCUAAUCCCUGCACUCUCCAGCCUGACCCCCCCAGCCCAGAAUGACAGGAAAAGCCACCUCGGAGGCCCCCACCCGUGGUCCAGGGGAGACCGCCUCUGAGUCUGCAGAUGUGGGCCCCCCAGAGCCCUCUGGAAAGGUGGCAGCACCGGAGUCUCCUGGGGGAGACCAGGCUCCCAAGCCACAGGAGCCUGCCCCUCAGGCACCUGCCCCCGCAGCCACUAAACCUGCCCCUCCGAGUGAAGAUGUCCCCAGUGCCCCGCUGCUGCUGGCCGUGGAGGAUGUGAGCGAGAGCUCGGUGGCUGUGAGCUGGGAGCCCCCCGAGAGGCUAGGGAAGCUGGGGUUCCAGGGCUACGUGCUGGAGCUCCGCCGAGAGGGAGCCUCGGAGUGGGUGCCUGUGAAUGCCCGGCCCAUGAUGGUGACCCAGCAGACCGUGCGGAACCUGGCUCUGGGUGACAAGUUCUUCGUGCGUGUGGCUGCGGUGAACUCUGCAGGGUCUGGCCCACCAGCUGUGCUGGACCAGCCUGUCCACAUCCAAGAGACCAUCGAGGCUCCCAAGAUCCGUGUCCCCCGCCACCUUCGUCAGACCUACAUCCGUCAGGUGGGAGAGACGAUUAACCUGCAAAUCCCCUUCCAGGGGAAUCCUAAGCCUCAGGCCUCAUGGACCCACAACGGCCACGCCCUGGACAGCCAGCGGGUGAAUGUGCGCACCGGGGACCAGGACUCCAUCCUCUUCAUUCGCUCAGCCCAGCGCUCCGACUCGGGCUGCUACGAGCUCACCGUGCAGCUGGAAGGCCUGGAGGCCAAGGCAGCCAUCAACGUCCUGGUGAUUGAGAAACCUGGAUGCCCCAGCACCAUCAGGCUCCUGGACGUCUGGGGCUGCAACGCUGCCCUUGAGUGGACACCACCCCAGGACACAGGCAACACAGAGCUCCUGGGCUACACAGUGCAGAAGGCAGACAGAAAGACAGGGCAAUGGUUCACAGUGCUGGAGCGCUACCACCCGACCACCUGCACUGUCUCCGACCUCAUCGUGGGCAACUCCUACUCCUUCCGGGUCUUCUCGGAAAACCUGUGUGGACUCAGUGAGUCGGCCGCCGUCACCAAGGAGAUGGCUCACAUCCAGAAGACAGAUACUGUGGCCAAGCCGAAAAGCUUUGUUGAGCGAGACUUCUCCGAAGCCCCCUCAUUCACCCAGCCCCUCGCUGACCACACCUCCACCCCUGGCUACAGCACUCAGCUCUUCUGCAGCGUCCGAGCAUCACCCAAGCCCAAGAUCAUCUGGAUGAAGAACAAGAUGGACAUCCAGGGCGACCCCAGGUACCGCGCCCUCUCUGAGCAGGGCGUCUGCACCCUGGAGAUCCGGAAGCCCAGCCCCUUCGACUCCGGAGUCUACACCUGCAAGGCCGUCAAUGCGCUGGGGGAGGCAGCCGUGGACUGCCGGCUCGAGGUCAAAGCCUCAGCGACACACUGAAGGGCGGCUGGAAGUGGCUGUGAUGAGGAGAAAGGUGCCGUAGGCCUGAGACGUCAGGGCAGCCGGGCCCAGAAUCCAGCUCCGCAGAUGCCCCAGACCUCCAUCUCCAUAGUGACGGCUGCUGGCUUUCUUUGCUCCUUGGUGCCUGCCUAGCCUCCCUCUCUCCCCUGGUGGUGGGCUUCCCAGGCUCCAGGCCAGGCUUCCUGACCACAAAGACUGGCGCGCCCUGCUGGGCGAGAGACACUUGAAUAAAGGUGUGUUGUUAAGCGUGCAGGGGCCUCUGCGCCAGCGAGCACCAUCGAGAUGGGGGCGGCACUUUGUCACCGCCAGGGGGUGACGAACAUCUCAUCAUGAGGGCGUCUCCACCUAUGACACCCUAAGGAAGGGGCGAGCGGAGGGGACUCGAGGUAUCGGGGGUUUCCAGGCCUGACACUUCUUAGGACCUCACUUUCAUGUUCAGGGUUUGCUACCUCAAGAGGGUAACCGAGGCAUAGACACAGCCUUCUCCGCAACCCUCCUUGCUCCAAACGCCUCCACAGCCCCCCUCGCUUUGCUUCUCCCCCGCCCCCACCACUGCCUUUUCCCUGCUGAGGUUGUCUGCUGCUCUCAGACAGUGAUGGGGUGUGUUCUCUGAGAGGGUUCACAGCCAUUUUUAUUAGUCAGGUGGCCUUCCCCAGGAGCCAGGGGACAUCCCACCCCCGAGAGUGGGAAGGGCCUGGAAUCGAGGCCUGGAGUUGCUCUUCACACUGAGAAGCUGGCCCCCACCCCUCUGUAUCCGGAGCUCCGGGCUUAGCAGGGAGUGGCCCCUUCCCCAAGGGUCUAAAGGCCUAGACUUUGCAACCCCAAA